GUAGGGGGCAGCAGAGCCCAGCGCGGACGUGACUGCAGAGAAGAAGAAGAACAAGGGAGCCCUGGACGCCGUGUUUUAUUUGGAUCGUCUGCAGAUUUGUGGACAUGACUGACCCAGUUCGGCUUUAGUAGCAGUUCGGACCCAAACAUUAACCGUCCGUCACAUCAGCAUCGCCUUUCGCCGCUGACAGACCGGGGGCAUCUCCUGAUCAUGGUGGACUACUACCAGGUUUUAGGAGUACGGCGGGACGCGCCUGCAGAUGAGAUCAAAAAAGCGUACCGUAAACUGGCCCUCAGGUGGCACCCGGACAAGAAUCCGGACAACAAGGAGGAUGCUGAGAAGAAGUUCAAGGAGCUCUCCGAGGCGUAUGAAGUCUUGUCUGAUGUCAACAAGAGGAGCAUCUAUGACCGACACGGCAAAGAGGGGCUGACGGGACACAAUGGAGGGAGAGGGGGACAUUUCCACAAUGGAGAGCAUUUCCAUGAACCGUUCACGUUCCGAAACCCAGAAGAUGUUUUCCGGGAGUUCUUUGGUGGCAGAGACCCCUUUGCAGACUUCUUUGAUCCGUUUGGCGACGAUCCUUUCUUCAACCGUGGACGGCGGCACCACAGCCGAUCGGGGCGCAGUCAGGUGGGCGCCCCGUUUUUCGGAGGCUUCGGCUUUCCUCCGUUUGGUGCUGGCUUCUCACCGUUUCAAGCAGAGUUCAGCUCCUUUGGCCCGAUGCGCCCCGUGGGUCACCUGGCUCACAUGGGUCACCUGGGUCACAUGACCACCAUGGGCAGUCUGGGAGGUGGAGGCUUGACGUCUUUUUCAUCGACCUCCUAUGGAAGAGGUGGAGGAGGGAGCAUGGGAAACUUCCGCUCCGUGUCUACGUCCACAAAGACCGUCAACGGCAGGAAGAUCACGACUAAGAGAAUCGUGGAGAACGGCCAGGAGCGGGUGGAGGUGGAGGAGGACGGCCAGCUGCGCUCCGUGACGAUCAACGGUCAGGAGCAGCCACUGCGGCUGCAACACAAGUGAAAAUGCAGACGUCUGUGUAGCCCCGCCCCGUCAGGACUUUAGCGUCAGCUGGCCACACCUUAAGCGUAGGUGACGGGUGGCUCUCAUGGACGACUUUUUGGCUUCUGUUACAGACUUUUUGUGAUCAAUCUUUAGCAGCAGGUUUUCGGAUCUGUGCUUUGGGUUAAGGGUCUGACUCUCACUGUUCUCAAAUAUAUAUUUAAAAAAAAAGAUCCUUGGGUUUAAUAAGAAGAGCCGCACCUUUCUCCAGAAGUUUUGGGACUCUAGAAAAGUCUCCAGGCGCGGAACGCCUCCACACGCAGGUUUUUCUUUUACGUUUGACUGACCCCGGGCGCCGCCACUGGACUCACUCGAAUUUGACAUUCCUGACCGCUUGGUGUCCAUUGUGAGUACGUUUUCAUUGUGCUUAGCGUUGUGUCAUAAUCCUCUAGGCCAGUGUUGGUGUUAGAAAUGUACAUGUGAUGAUUUGUUUUCUCAGGUUCGUGUUUUUAAACGCCUGAUUUCUUUCCUUCUUGACACGAGGAUCAUUCCCUCAUGCUAGAAGUUUUUUGAGAAAAAGAGGCUUUUAAAAUCUCUCUCCCUAGGAGAAAACUCCAAAUUCUAGUUUGAAGGCUCAAGGUUUAAAGGAGCUGCUCACCCACAGCCAACAGUUCAGCUUCCAAACCUCCUACAGUCAGGAUUGAGGAGCUCUGCCCUGUGUACCGUGAAACACAUCGGUGUGGGACGGUCGUCGUCCACUCCAUAAAUCCAUCAUUGUGCUUGUGGGUUUGGUCAGUGCUACGUAGUUUGAUUAUUGGUCAGGCGGUGGGACAUUUGACUCUGACAUCCCUACCAAAGCAGAGUUACACACCGAAAGCUGGGUGGGUGGAGGUCAGAUCUCCAGAAAAACUUCCCAGAAACUUCUCUUUGGCCUCUGCUCUUUAAGAAUGAGGCAGGAAGGUACGACUGAUGUGCACUGAGGUACUGAGGCAAAAGCCAACAACCCAAACCAGCCACUCCAAGAGAAAUGGUCCACCUUUACUGCAGUCUGGUUCUACAAUGUGUCUGGAGACGUCUGCUGGAUCUUCCCGUUGAUGCUCUGCAGACGUUAAGUUGCAACUUUUCAGAUAUUUGUUGCUUCAAAACUUUGUUUGGACCAAAACUAAAGCCCGCAUGUUGUUGAUGGAAACAUCGGUCUAAAAUGAAACUGGUAGGGGUGUCAAAAAAACGUCUCCAUGACGACAGUAGUGGCAUAUAAAUGCUGGUUACAUCCACAUUCAUAUUUCCGUCAUUUGUCUCUUUAAGUUCUGUUUGUUUCUGAUCUGUCAAACGUCCCCAUUAAAGUGUCGGAACCCCCACAGAAAAGCCUGGUUUUGAAGUCCCGGAUCAAAUGGAAAACAGAAAAAGCCUUUUCCUUUCAGCUGCUUCCUUCACGCAUCACCACAGCGAGUCGUCUUGUUUGUAGAAAAUAGUUCGAAUCCGGGCCAAAACAUCUGAACUGAGCUCCUCACAUCCAUCCUCUCCGAAGGAAAGAAUGAAUACAUCUGCAUUCAAAGGCAGUUACUGAACUGAGCUCCUCACAUUUGCACUAAAAGUAAAAGAAAACUCAUCGCACUGGUUCAAAAAUGGACUUGAGCCUUUGUUUUUUCCUCAAAUGUUUUAUUUAUUUCAUAUUUCUUUCACACAAGCGUUAAGCAGAUUCUCCUUGGCCGCGCGGUGUGCGAGCGUCGUCAACAGUCAUCUCGGUGUGUUGCUGUUGAAUUUCUUUAGGGAACUUGAUUGGCCUGUCCGUAUGCAGCAUGUGGACGUUCACGGAUCAAACUCCCUACAGCAGGGAGGUUUGGACCGUUUUUACCCGGAGGCCAGCAGCUCUCGCUGCACCAAAUUGUUUUCUCCCCAAAUGCAAGAGCGUGAGGAUGAAGCUUCGGCCUGAGCUCCGAACCGGAUCACGAAGCUGCGGGACGGUCAGCUGUACAUAGUGUUGAUGUGGGACUCACUGUCAUGUCUUAAGCAGCACAGCAGGGACCUGGUGCAGACCGCUAUGCAUUUGGCUGUUCCUCUGACCGUGCUGUUCAGUGUUUGCACUCCCUGUGAACUGGAGGAGGAGGAGGGACGUUUGGCGCCGGCUUCUCAUCCUUCGGUUUCAAAAAAGGCGAAAAACGACGCAAUUUUCUAUAUGUCCACCAAUUAAUGUGUUUAUUUACUUGAAUGCAUGUUCACCUGUUAAUGUUGAUGCUAAAUGAGACGGCCGCUCUAACGAUGCACACGAUGAUGGAAGGUUUCUGUAAAUAUAUCUGAUCAGAAUGAGACUUUGUGAUAUUUGUAAACCAAUAAACCCUACCGAGUGUGGUCCUGUCAGGAA